AUGUGUAAAUACGUACACAAGAUUUUGUGACAACAUUCUCAUGGCUGGGAAUGGGUACAGCUGCACAAGCGGAAAACACGAUAUAGGUUCAUUACAAACUGACAAGUCAUGGAAAUCCAAGGAAUGUCCAUCACAGCAGAGAUGUGAACUGUUUAGCCUGCAUGUAGCUUCACUACAAUUGACUUUGUCAAAGUUUCAAGGGAUUUUGCUCGUCUGCUGGUUUUCAUGUGAAAUGUUGACUCUGAAAAGAAAAGGGAUUGGCAGAUCUAUGCAUAGGUGACAUUAGUGGACAAACUACAUUCAACUGAAAGCACGAGGUUAAUACAGACAUUUUUAUAAGAGAAGUGAAGUCAGGUUCUGUAGAUUAGACAGCCAUGACUGAGCUGAAGGACAUGAACAAUCCUGAUCAGGGUAAUGGUGGGGCCUACCCGUCACCUCCAGAAGUAGAGGAAGAGGACAAACUGAAUAUCUCCAUAGAGGAGGGCCAGCCUACAAGCAGAAAAUGUGCUGCUCUGAGGUCAUGUAUCCACAGCUGCUGCAAGCCUAUCAAUACAAAGUACCACCCUCUCACAGAGAACCCUGGGAAAUUUGAGCGAUUCCGAUAUGCCCUAAUGUGUCCACCACAUGGAAAUCUUGCCAUGUAUAUACAAUUUUUUGUGCUGUGUGUUAUGACUUGGGCAAUACUUAUUGCCAUAACGAAAGAUCAAGCUCUACCAGGGGGCAAUUUCUUUUCUCUAGUCAUUCUCUUCACAGCAGCAGUAGCUGGGGGAUAUGUGUUCUCUUUAUUCCGUUUGCCACCUUUGUUGGGGAUGCUGAUUGUGGGGGGUAUGCUGAGCAACAUUCCUGUUCUUAAGACAGUGGGUCUAGGGUUGAACCUGGAAUGGUCAGGAGCUCUCAGAAAAAUAGCCUUGACUGUAAUUUUGAUCCGAGCUGGUCUUGGUCUGGACCCAGUGGCCCUUAAGAAGCUGUCCUUUACUGUACUUAGACUGGCCUUUGCACCCUGUCUGACAGAGUGUCUGGUAGAAGCUGUUGCUGCACAUUUCCUGUUGGGGUUGCCAUGGGAAUGGGGAUUUAUGUUAGGAUUUAUACUUGCUGCAGUGUCACCAGCAGUUGUGGUACCCUCCCUCCUUAAUCUCUCAGACCGGGGUUAUGGGCUUGAUAAAGGCAUCCCCACACUUGUCAUUGCAGCAGCCAGUGUAGAUGAUGUUUUGGCCAUCACAGGGUUUGGGGUGGUACUGGGAAUAGCCUUCACACAAGGGGAUCUGGCACUUACUAUAGUUAAGGGUCCAUUGGAGGCUUUGCUGGGUAUAGCAUUUGGCUGUGUGUUUGGUGUCUUUCUUUGGUACUUUCCAUCCAAAAAUGGAACUAGCAAGAUGUUUUACCGAUCUUUACUGUUAUUUGCUGCGGGACUAAUGGCGACCUUUGGAAGUGAUAUUGUCCAUCUCCCUGGGGCUGGUCCCCUUGGUUGUUUGACCUUGGCAUUUGUUGCUGCCUUCAGAUGGAGGAAGGAGAGGGAGGAGGGGCAACCAGAUACCAUAGCUGAAGUGGUAGGAAUUCUAUGGAUGUUGUUCCAGCCUAUGUUGUUUGGGCUUAUUGGCGCAGCAGUCAAUUUUGACAACAUUGAUCUGAGUGCACUAGGUCUGGGUGUAGCUGUUCUAGCUAUAGGUCUGGGAGUGAGAAUUGUUGUGUCAUUCUGCGUAGUGUUUGGGUCAGGUCUUUCCAUUAAGGAGCAGAUUUUUGUUGCUAUUGCCUGGUUUCCCAAGGCAACAGUACAGGCUGCUAUUGGUGGAUUGGCCCUGGACGCUGCCAUCAAGUUGGGUGAUCCCCACCUGAUUAACCUUGGAACCAGUGUUCUCACCAUAGCAGUUCUCUCUAUCAUUAUCACAGCCCCUAUUGGAGCCUUAGCAAUAGCAGUGUCUGGCCCCCGCCUACUUAAUAAAAUAGACCUCAAAACAGGGAAAGUGGUGUCUAAGAACAGCGAAGACCCUGAAAAAUCUUCCAUGUUAAACAAUGGAAAUAAUGAAAAUGUGGAGGAGUCUUUACAAUAACUGUUACUACACAUUUGUGAUACUACUUCAGGAAUAAAUGUUAUGGUUGUUUGUGUUAUGGGGUACUUAAGCAUGGGGUAAGUUGUAAAAUCGGCAAACUGCCCCAUGAUUCCACUGUGUAUAUUUCUCUAUAAUACAAACAAUACAGACAUCUAAUCUUUAUAUUUUGUACCAUAUAGGUUCAUAUCAAAUAAAACUCUGAUCAGAGCAUUGAGAAAUAUAACAUUCUGUUCCCGAAAAUUAUUGAAUUUACAAUUUGUUAAAAAAAUUUUUUUAGAUUUAUUAAAAUUUUUAUUAAUCUUUCACUUGAAUUACUGUUACAUUUAACUUAACAGAAAUGCAAGGUUUGAUAUUUUGUAAGUCAACCAUUUUCAGAAAUACAAGCCUCAAUAUUCAAGAUAAUUUGAAAUUAAUGUCUUUUCCAUAUUGGUUUUAAUUUUGUCAAACCUGGAUAUAUGGUGAGAAUUUUGGCACUUUUUUGUAUAAUGUACUAGUCUAAUAAUUAAUAAUAAAAUUCAAAAUCAUGUACAUCACUGAUCACAAUUGAAUGUAGCAGGAAGAGAAUGAAUGUCGCCUUGAAAUGAAAUUUCAAUGGAUUUUUUUUUUCAAUUAUUGCUUGCAAGGAAACAUAGAAAGCAGACAAGAGUGUGGAUUAAUGAAUUGUGACAUGUUGAUUUUAAAUUUGAUCCAAAUAAAGUACGAUAUUUGAAACUAUA